AGCACGUGCUGGCCAUACGAGUCUGAAUUCAAUGCAUCAAGAGGCAGGUUCUCGCACGCGCCCUCUUGAGUGCUUUCCUCUCCCGCCACGCACAUGAAAGCAAUCUCUACCCAGUCUCGACGAGACACUUGCAAAAUUAAGGUUUUCGGGUCUUAGCCCUAAUUUCAAUCUCAAAUCCUUUGAUUUUACCUCUUGAAUCUCUCAGAUUUCUUCUCCUUUAAAUCUAAUUAUUCCUUCUUUUAAGUGCUUGGCCUACUUUAAUUUUCAAGGUGGGGUUCUGCGUUGACAGAUUCAAGUUAUUGGGAUAAGCAUGGGUUCUGACGGUCCUCCUUCCGCGGCUGAUGAGGUGAAUGUAGCAGUAGAGACUACUGGAAAAAGGAGUUGCGCUGGUAAGAAUAAAGGGAAAGUUCCCAAGAGAAUUCACAAGGCUGAGAGGGAAAAACUGAAGCGUGAGCAAUUAAAUGAGCUCUUCCUUGAGCUAGCCAGUGCUCUUGAACUGACUCAGCCAAAUAAUGGGAAGGCCACUGUACUGUCUGAAGCUACUAGAUUGUUGAAGGACGUGCUUGGACUGAUUGAGCGCCUCAAGAAGGAGAACGUAUCUCUAUUAUCUGAAUCUCACUAUGUAACAAUUGAGAAGAAUGAGCUGAAGGAAGAAAACUCUGCUUUAGAAACUCAGAUUGAGGGAUUGCAAAAUGAGCUGGAAACAAGGGUAGCCCAAUCAAAACCUGACCUGAAUGUGUCUCCUCCCGAGUUUCACCAUCCUGGAUUGACACCACAUUUUCCAGGAGAGUCUCUGGGGUUGCCUGCAUCAGAUGCUACAUUACAGCAAGCACCCCAUCUCUUUGUCGUCCCCUUCCAUCCUGAUCUGCAAGCUUAUCCAUUGACUACUACAAAUGUGAGUAAACCACAUGCUAGGUAUCCAACACCUGCAGAUUCAUGGCCCUCCCAACUUCUUGAGGAGCAGCUAACAGCUAGGAAGGAAGUUAAGUAGCAACCUUAAUUUUUUUCAUCUAUCGGCAAAACUCUUUUGUAGAGUUGGUAUAUUGCGUAGCGGAUGUGAAUGACGGUAAAAUAUGGAUGGUUGAUCGUGAAUUUCUGCCUUAGAUUGGGGAUGGCGGGUUGGUGACCAAAUGUGAAAGUUUAGUUGGUGACCAAAUGACGAAACCUCGUCAGAAUUUUUUUUUUUUUUUUUUCUUUUUAGCCAAAUCAAAAUUUAGCUUCAUUACUGGGGCAAUAAUAAAUUAAAAAAAAUGAUAUGUUUAUUUA